UUAAACAAUUCUGCAUAUUCAUUGAUCAAACCAAAACUUGAAAUAAGCAUAUAGGGCUAAUUAAGUUUUUGUUUGCCAUGUAUUCAUUCAAUAAGACUACCCAAACAACAUCAUUUGAUCUUCUUUUUCUUAUCCAUCUUCAUUUAUUGUUCUUCUUAUUGAUCAACGUCACUAUAUGCCCACUAGCCUCUCAUGGAUGCUAUGAAGAGGAAAGAAGGGCACUAUUAAAUUUCAAAUCCUCUUUGGACGACCCUUCAAAUCGCUUGACUUCAUGGCAAGAAGGCAUCCUACAUGAAAACUGUUGUAAUUGGCAUGGAAUUGGGUGUUCAGAUGAGUCAUCUCGUGUUGUCUCUAUCGACCUUCGGAACACAAACCUUGAAAAUUAUAUCGAAGAAACUAGGUACGGCAAAGGCACCUACAACCCACCAAACACUUCGCUAACAGGUUCAAUUCCCUUCUCAAUAUGUUCACAAACACAAUACCUUGACCUCUCUAGCAACAAACUAUCCGGGAUUAUAUCUACUGGUAUAGGGUACUGCAAUUCUCUUAUUUAUCUAAAUCUCGGCAACAACUUCCUCACUGAAAAUGUUCCAAAACAGCUUGAAAAUGCAAAAGGCCUGUUAUUUCUUCAAUUGAACGACAACAAUCUCAGUGGUACAUUUCCUAAUUCAAUAGAGAAACUUCUGAAUUUGGAAAUUCUUGACUUGGGAAAUAACAACAUGGAAGGUAUUAUACCCACUGGUCUUGGUUUAUUAGUCGGCCUAAAGAUUCUUUCUUUAAGGUCAAAUAACUUCAGUGGGCCAAUCCCUAAAGAGAUCUACAAUUUGCCUAACCUUCAAAUAUUAGACUUGUCGAUAAACAAUCUCUCAGGAUCGAUUCUUAAGAUAGGGAACUUGAGGUGGCUACUGAGUAGACCUACUGAAAAGUAUCAUUUUCGGGAUCCUGGUUUGGACUUCAGUGAAAAGCUAAUGAACUUUCAGUUUCAAUUCAAGAUGGUGAUUAAAGGGGUCAUGAGAAAGUUUGAGCAGUUGUACGUCAGUUCUGGAAUCGAUCUAUCGUGCAAUGCUCUUGAGGGGAACAUACCAGAAGAGAUAGGUCAACUGGAAGGGCUUUCUAUGCUUAAUCUAUCACAUAAUCAGUUCUCCGGUUUAAUCCCAGCGACUGUUGGAAGCAUGAAGGGUUUAGAGUCCUUGGAUUUGAGAGACAACAAACUGUCUGGACUUAUCCCACAAUCCCUAGCGUCAUUGGAUUUUCUCAGCUAUUUGAAUCUAUCUUCGAACAAUUUCAGUGGCAGAAUCCCAAGAGGGGAACACUUUGAUACAUUGAGUGGUGAUGGUUCAGUGUACGCCAACAACAGUUUGUUAUGUGGGUUCCUUACAAACAGAACUUGUGACACUGACCAGAACAGUAUUACUACUGACAAACAUGUGGAUUGGUUGUUUUACAGUUUUAUGGCUUUGGGAUUUGGAGUUGGGUUUUGGGGUCCGUUCGUUGUUUUGCUUAUAAGGAAAGAGAAAUGGUGGUUCGGAUAUUGGAGAUUAGUGGAUAUUGUUGCAGUUAGAGUGACUAGACUUGUCUAUUGAAAGUUGAAUUAUAUUUGGUCUGCAACUGUGUUUGUAAAUGAUGCUCAAAUGUAACGUUUCAUAUUAUAAGAAUGACAUUACAGACA